AUGACAGCACUUGUUUUUGAUGAGCAGUUCUCUAAAAAGUUUGCAAAAAAUGGAGCUUUUGCUUUGAAGAAGUUGAUCAUUUGGGUGCUAUUCUUAUCAAGAAAUGGUGUCAAUGACCUCCUCCUUAACAAUGCGAAUCGACGCUAUGAACUUCCUUCUUAUUUGUUUUAUUGUCUAGAAUUGACAAAGUUAGAACUACACAAGUGUUGCUUUAAGCCACCACUUGAGUUUGAAGGAUUUCUCAAUCUUGAAGAACUCCGUCUGGAGGAUAUUGAUUUUGGGGCAAGCUUGUAUGGAACUAAGGUCAACCUACCACGGCUUAAGAAGUUGUGCCUCGUUAAAUGCACAAAUGUCUACAAUUUCAACAUUAAGGCUACAAAACUGCAACAAUUGAUUGUCCAUGCUUGUCCUGAUGCCAUGUUGCUCCGGUUAUUGGAUAUUCCGUGCCUUUUUUUGGUUUCUAUUGCUUUUGAGAAACCCGUACAAGAUUUUGUAGGAGUUGAAAAAAUGAAUUUGGCCACAAUGUUGAGUAACUUGUCCAAAGUUGAAUACUUUUAUAUCAACAGUCUUUUUCUUAAGUUUUUGAUUGCAGAAAAGAUUCCAAAAUUGCUUCCAGGUGCGAUUAGUAGUUUAAAGCAUCUGUGGUUGCUGGAUAUUCAACUUGGUGAUUUGAAUCAACUUCAUGUUGUUAUUUGUUUUCUUCGAAACUCACCUAAUCUAGAAAACCUAUUUGUUAGGCACUUUGAUAUGGAGCCCCGAGUAGAUGUGGGACCAGCUUCAGAUCAUUUAGAAUCCCCAAACUGCUUGGACUCUACAUUGGAUCAGUUGAAAAUUGUUAAGAUGACAUGUUUAAAAGGAUCAAAACCGGAACUGCUUUUUAUAAACCUUCUUCUUGCUCAUUCCCCUUCUCUCCAGAAGUUUACCAUUAAACCAAGUAGAGCUUCUGAUGUUCAGAAAAGAUAUGACAUUGCUAAAGAGGUUAUGCAGUUCCCUCGAGCAUCAGCAAAAGAAGAAAUGUUUUGCUUGGAUCCGGAACCAUAA